UUUUCGUUUAAUGUCAAAAUGUGUGUUAAUAUUUUCGAAAUACCAUGUGCAAGAAGUUUUCGUUUAUAACUAAACUUAAUAUUUGCACUAAGUACAGGGCUUGCAUUUUCUGGGCAUGCAUCAAUAUAAUCUUUGGGAUCGCUUUUAUCCCACUAGUUGUGGACUUCGUGAAACGACAAAAACUACCCAAUGCUGUGUUGGUUUUUGGUUGCAUAUGUGGAGGCAAUUUUAUACUAUCUGGAUUCAUGUUACUAAUAGGAGUUUUAAAGGAUGUGCGCUGUUUGGUUGGCUCGUCCAUAGUUUUCUGUGGAAUAGGCAUAUUUUUUAUUCACUGGUUAAUAAUACCUUUGGCGCUUUUUUUCAUUUUUUCAUUUAUUGUGUUCAAUUAUUAUCAAGUGGUUAUGGCUUCUGAUGAUCGCUAUCGAGUGCCCAGGCGAUUUUCAUAAAUAAAAUGCCUAUAUUUUAUUUUAAAGCGAUUAUACUUUAGGAGCUUCUUAGGUUCGAAAGCAGGAAAACCACGGUCUCGCAAACUUGUAUUUAUGAUAGGAACUGGAUAAGUUGGCAUUAGAGGGGCUUUGGCCUGAAUUGCAAUCGCCUUUUGGCCGCUAACGGAAAUAUUUAUUCCACCUUAUCCCAUAAGUAUCUGGGUAUCGCCGCCGCCCGUGCAAUCUACUCCAAAUAA